CGGACAUGGAAGUGCGUCCUAUGAUACAAUGCUUAAGAGACCUUUACCACGGUCAACCCCAAAACUCAGGUAUUUACGUUAUCGAAGUCAAUAUGUCUGAUAUCACCUCUUGGGUGAUGGAUACUGGAUGUGGUUCUCACAUCUGUACUUCUAUGCAGAACUUGCAUGAAUGUAGACAAUUGACGGAGGGAGAGAUACAACUAAAAGUCGGUAAUGGCGCACUCGUCUAUGCAUUGGCCGUCGGAACCUAUAGUUUAUCUCUACCUCGUGGUCUAAUAUUGCGUUUGAAUAAUUGUCUGUUUGUACCUAGCAUGAGCAGAAACAUCAUUUCUGUAUCCUGCCUUGACAAAGCAGGAUUUUCAUUCGUUGUAAAAGACAAAACUCUUUGUCUUUAGAAAUGAUAUAUUUUAUGCAAGUGCAAAAAUGACCAAUGGUCUCUAUGUCCUUGACAUGGAUACCACAAUAUAUAACGUAGAUGUUA